CCAUCUUGUCAGCGGGGAAUUCCUCCAUUAUUUCUUCUAUAUGCGUUCUCACAACUAGGAUUUGUAAUGGAGAUAACGUGUCAUGGUCUAUCAAAUCUUUCAUUUAACCACCCCCCUACUUCAGUGGAAUCUGCCCAGUGUGACAGCUUAUCUUCGCAAGAUCAACAUUAUGAAGACCUAGAUGGCUUUCGCGAUAUGUGUGAUCUGCCGGUAGAUAUCGGCGAUAGACGACCCACAUGUUUGAGAUGCUGCCGUCCCCAGAAGGUGUGUCUCUGCCCAUUCCUGCCAGUCCACCCCCUGGAGGUCUCCACAUGUCUGUACAUUGUUCAGCAUCCUGCUGAGGAGAGUCGAGCGCUUCGUACUGUUCCUCUGCUUGCAGCCUGCUUGCCCCCAGGAAAAUGCAAGGUCUUGGUGGGAAGGAGAUUCAAUGAAGAGAGAAACCCAGAGCUGGCUGCAGUGUGUCGAGACAGUGGAACCCUGAUCCUAUACCCAGGGCCAGACGCUCGGAACUUGGAGGAGCUUGUCCAGAACCAGGACCAGGACUUGGUGGGAGACCAGGAUAUUAAGACAGUGGGACGCAAUGUCAUAAUAAUAGAUGGCACCUGGAGCCAGGCGAAAGACAUGUUCCUCAGAAACGCCCUGCUUCAUCAGCCCAAACAGGUACAGCUGAGCAGGUCGGAUCAGACCAGCCAGUAUGUAAUCCGUUCUCAACCGUCUAACAUCUGCCUGUCCACACUGGAGUGUGCUGCUGUCACCUUGUCCAUCAUUGAGAAGAAUGAAGCUAUACAGGAGGUUCUGUUGAAGCCUCUCCAGGCUCUGUGCUCCUUCCAGCUGCAGUAUGGGGCCCAGGUCCACCACAGCAAGGAACACCUGAUACGGCAUGGCAUGUAUGACAAACAGAUGCCCAAGAACAAACGCAAGAUCAAGAGAAUGGAGAAGCUAAUUUCUAACCAGCAAAUCUGCCCUAGAUGAGGAACUUCUAGGUUCUGUCUGUGGACAACCUGGCCUAUCCUUCUCACACUGAUAUUCAUAUACUCUGUGAUUUUAAAGUGUGGUGAUUUGAAAUGUACUUUUUUGAUACGUGUUAAAAUAAAUUAUUUUAAAAGUG